AGUUGUUGUGUAAUGCAUUUUUAUAUAAAAUCGCUCCGUUUGAAAGUAUGAUGGUCUUGCCUGGCUGAUGAACCCCAUGUAACAGCAUAAGUUUGAAAGUGUGAAGCCUUUCCAAUAAUACUCCUCUGUAAUUUAGACAAACGAGACUAAUUUUUAUGUUUGUUUGUGAUAUUUGACUGAUACAAAUAUUGACAGAUCUUGAUAAGGGAAAAUCCAUCGCUUUAAUCCGCUGUAUUUGGUGAGAUGUGGGUCUAUUAUUAGAACCCCUCUCUCACAUCUGUGAUGACAGAUAAUAGAGUAAUCAGUCAGGUUCAAAGUUCAAUUAUUAAAUAUGUUUUAAUCACCUGUUCUAUAGAUAUAAAUCAAGCAGUAUGGCCGUCUUACCUGUAAUAUUUAUACUUUUACUGGUUUCUCUUAGUAAUGGAGAAUAUCCUACAACUGACGAUGAAGUUCAAGAGAUGUUCAGAUUUUGGAUGAUAGAACAUGAUAAAAUUUACCCCAAUGAACAAGAAGAGAACAAGAGUUAUCGAACUUUUAAAGACAAUAUCCAGUAUAUUAAUCAACUAAAUACAUUAUACCGUGGAAGAACUGGUUUUGGAAUAAAUCAAUUUGCUGACCUAUCUCCAAAAGAAUUUCAGAAAAAGAUUUUGAUGCCGAAAAGACAAGCACCCGUAUUCGAUUCUAAAAAAUAUGUUAACAUUAAAGCCAGUGCCCCUCUACCUGAUUCAUAUGACUGGAGAGAUAAAAAUAUGGUGACCAGCGUGAAAGAUCAAGGAAGUGUUGGAACCUGCUGGGCUUUUAGUACUGUGGGUAAUAUUGAAAGUCAGUGGGCUUUACAGGGAAAGAGUUUGUCAAACUUUUCAGUUGAACAAGUUGUUGAUUGCGACGGCACCGAAGAUGUUAAACUAAAUAAGGCAGAUUGUGGUGUAUUUGGUGGUUGGCCUUUUCUAGCCUAUGAAUAUGUAAAAAGACAGGGAGGUUUAGAGAGUUGGAAUGAUUAUGCCUAUUGCUCGGGUACAGGUAAAUGUUUCACCUGUCCUGCUCAGGGUUACAAUAAGACAUUGUGUGGUCCACCUGUUGAAUAUUGUCAGAAAAACGAAAGUUGUGACGCUAAACUAGACAAGUCUAAAUUUGUUCCUGGAUUAAAAGUUGAUGAUUGGCAAGCCGUUGAUCAGGAUGAAACAACAAUAGCUCAUGGUUUAAUGUUACUAGGGCCACUGUCGGUAGCUCUAGAUGCUUCACUUCUACAGUUUUAUAAGUUUGGAGUUUUUAGUCCUAUUACAUGUAAUCCUAAACUUCUUGACCAUGCUGUAUUAAUGGUUGGAUUUGGAGUGGAGAAAACCUUAUUUGGAUCCAAACCUUAUUGGAUGAUCAAAAAUUCAUGGGGUGAGAAGUGGGGUGAAAAGGGUUACUUUAAGAUCAAACGAGGAUCUGGAACCUGUGGUAUUAACACACAAGUUACAACAGCCAUUUUAGCCAAAUAAUCUUUUUGCAUGUAGAUAUAAGCUUACAACAUAAAUCAUUUUAUACUAUGUAUUUGCAUAUUUUUGGACAAUACUAAAUUUUUGCAUGGCAUAAUACAUGCUAAAAUGUAUUGACGGUAUAGCCUAUGCAGAGAAUGCUGAAUAUUGGGAUAUUUUUAAUUCAUCACAUCUUUGUACCUACUAAACCACAAUUUAUUUUAGAGAUUCAACUUUCACAAUUUUGUAGUUUGCAAAGGAUACAAUAUCCUUCAAAUGACAGUAAGCAGCUUUAGUCCAAACAUAACAGGCUAUAUAUUAAUAUUUUAACAAAUAAUAAAAAAGGCCUGAGAUGUAUUUUUGAUAUGAUUUAUGUAAAUUAUGUUUAUUUUAUAUAUAUAUGUAUGUAUAUAAA